AUUUUUUCUUCCAGCAUGCAACCUGGUUACGGUUCCACAGGACCGGCAACGCCCUACAUAAAUUCGGCGUCGUCCUUCUACAACGCCUCCUCGUACCCCUACUCGGGACUCAACUCUUCGCGGGCUCUCAACCCCGCCUGCAAAGUGAGCGCCGGCUACAUAGCGUCGUCGUACGCGUCGCCGGCGUCGCCUUUCAACUCGACAGGGCAGGCCAGUCAAUACCCUUCCUACGCUGCGUACGCCGCCCCCGGAGCGUCUUCCUUUACGCAGGGAUUCUCGGCACAGGGGGUGGAAUACAGCUCUUACGGAACAACGUAUACCGAUUCUCAAACUCCACAAUUUCCUUCAAGUUAUUAUGCUCAAAGCUACUCACCAUAUGUCAGUUCGCCCAGUUCUAGUGGUAGUAUAGGAGCUGCUUCAUAUCAGUUGACUACUUCAUCUAUAUUAGACAAUUCCUCCAAUGGCAUCGCCCUAGCUGAAGGAUCAACAUCACCAUUGAAAGCAGACAGUGCGAGACGUUCUAGAGAAUCGUCGGGUAGUUUGGGAUCAGAAUCUCGGGCCACAAGGGGUCGAGGAAGACGGACAAACACUGUUUCACCGACGACCCCUGAAUCGACCACAGACAGGGUGUUCAUCUGGGACCUGGAUGAAACUAUAAUAAUAUUUCACAGUCUUUUAACGGGCAGCUAUGCAACCAAAUAUCAGAAGGAUCCACAGAGCGUUGUCCAGCUCGGAUUCAAGAUGGAGGAGAUGGUUUUCAACUUAGCUGACACUCACUUCUUCUUCAAUGACAUUGAGGAAUGUGAUCAAGUACACAUAGACGAUGUAUCUUCAGAUGACAACGGUCAAGAUUUGUCGAACUAUAACUUCACUACAGACGGUUUCCAGUCUUCGUCGACGGGCAGUGGCAAUUUGUGUUUAGCGUCAGGCGUAAGAGGUGGAGUUGACUGGAUGAGAAAGUUGGCCUUCAGAUAUAGAAAGAUUAAAGAAACAUAUAAUAAUUAUAGGAGCAGUGUUGGGGGGCUUCUGGGAGCCUCGAAAAGGGAGCAAUGGCUGCAAUUACGAGCAGAAAUCGAAUCGGUCACAGACAACUGGUUAACGCUGGCCAACAAGUGUUUGACGUUGAUCAAUUCUAGACCGAAUUGCGUCAACGUUCUAGUGACAACUACUCAGCUCAUACCAGCCCUAGCGAAAAUAUUGCUGUUUGGACUUGGAGGCGUUUUUCCCAUUGACAAUAUUUAUUCUGCAACAAAAAUAGGUAAAGAAAGUUGUUUCGAAAGAAUCGUAACGAGAUUCGGUAGGAAAUGUACUUAUGUAGUGAUAGGAGAUGGUCAAGACGAAGAAGCGGCAGCAAAGUCAUUGAACUUUCCUUUUUGGAGGAUAACAAGCCACAGUGAAAUUGCUGCUCUUUACAAUGCUCUAGACAUGGACUUUUUAUGAUUUGAUUCC